CUCUUCUAUUCGCUUACUGUAGUAAUCUCCGCCAUAUCUAAUAAUGGGAACUACCUCCGUCCGCCGCAAUCUCUUCCACCACCAUCUGAGCAGACGCCCUGGGGCGACCGGCCCCGCGGCUUCCUCCACGCAGGAUAAUGCCAGCAAUGGAGCCUCCGGUCUACCGUCACAUCUGCCGCAGUCUACCUCAUCUGACUCCUCGUCGUCUUUGAGCUCAGGUCCGAUCGAUAAUGGGGAAAUUGUGGUCAAGGACAAGAAUGGCAGCUACAAGCUCGAUAUCCCUGUGCUCCCGCCUCUAGUUGGAGAAGAUGGGGACGAAAUGGAAGGCAUAGAAGGUUCUGGUGCCAUGGCAGGCAAUGGAAGCGGGCAGACGGGUAUGUCUGGAAGUGAGAAAGAGAAAAUGGAGGCGACCUUGGCGGAGAUGAUAUCCCGACAUCGAACCAGACAAAUGAGCAGCGAACCAGCUGAAAUCCUCGAUCUUAUUCACCAGACCCUGCGCGACAAGGUGGCCGCUUUGGAGGAGGACAAUUGGAUGUACGAAGCUGAAGUCGACACGAGGGUCUAA